UAUACUUUCUGAACUACACUGAGAAGUAUGGUAACCUAGCAGCAGAGUAGUGCUUACACGGGUAAUUAUUGUUUGCAUUCAGGAAGUUCAAAUGAAACUGCCGUCAUAGAAAAGAAACAACUCUUGUUCUCCUGGUCUGCAGUCCAGUCUCACUACGUCUUUGGCAGGGGAAGUUUCUGAGCUCAACUGCUCCAAUGUGGCAUCAACCUGACAACAGUUUGCCUUCAGCUCCUUUCAAAAUUGACAGAAUAGACCACCUAGUUCUGACGGUGAAGAAUAUUGAUGCUACAAUGACCUUCUACUCUAAUGUCUUGGGAAUGGAAAUUGUAACCUUUAAGGAAAACCGGAAGGCGCUCAUAUUUGGAAACCAGAAGUUUAACCUCCAUGAAGCUGGAAAGGAAUUUGAACCCAAAGCUCAGAAGCCCACACCUGGCUCUAUUGACAUCUGUCUGAUCAGUGAGACUCCACUAAAGAUCAUUGCGGAGCAUCUUAAGGUCUGUGGAGUGGCUAUUGAAGAAGGCCCUGUUGAUAGAACCGGUGCUAUUGGACCAAUAACAUCACUUUAUUUCAGAGACCCAGACAAUAAUCUCAUUGAAGUGUCUAAUUAUUGCCUUCCAGGAAAAAGCAUUCACUAGACUGAAACAAGACACUGACUUCUUAGCACAAUGGCUCAGUUCUAAGAACUGUAUUCAAACAUUUUACAUUAAAUAUUUCUUACAUGUA